UAAAGAAGAAAAAAACAGUCAACUUGCAAAAAGAUAACGUUAAAGUCUUUACCAACGCACGAAACGUUCCGAUACGAAAAGUCAAAUCGACGACUACCAACAAGACAUCGCCUAAUUCAACGCAGCCUCGCGAGAGAGAGGGAGAUUGGUUAUGGUGUUCAACAGUGCGGCGGUUGUGGCUGUUGCCGACGUCUCUACCGACACGUGGCAGCUGAUCUGGAGGAUUCCGUCGUCGCAGAGGAUCAAUACACAACAGCUUAUGGACAUGGCGGUUUGCUACCCGAUGUAUCAGUUGAGUCGUUUCGUUCUCUGUUUAUGGACUUUUAUGUGUCUCCCUCCUUCUGAUUCCUUCUACUCCUAUACCUAUGAAUCUCAAUCUGCUGCUCCUUCUUAUUCUUCUUCAUCGGACGCUGAUGAUGAUGAUCGACUUGCCUUUGAUCAUAAUCUCUAUAACCAUCGUUAUUAUUAUUCUGAUUCAGAUGAUGAUCGAUCUUCUUCUUCUUCGUUUAAUGACUAUUAUGACCAUUACUCCCAUUCAGAUUGAGUUUGCUGACUUUAUUUUUUAUCUUCUCUAUUAGCCUUUAUGUUUUGUGGGGGGUUUUAUGAGCUGGUUGAUUAGGUGCAGAGAUGCCCUGUUUGUUUCAUUCAAAGUUGCAACAUUUUGUUGUUUCUGAGACACUGUAAAUUAUUACACGCUUGGAUAUUCAUAAUACAUAAACAGAUAUACAAAAUCA